UCUUCAUCUAGUUAAGUCUCCAUGUCAUUUGUAUUUUGUUUAUAAAUGCGACAAGUAAUAAUAAGUUGAGUUUUAAUUACUUUGGCAGAAAGCAAAAUUGAAGAUGAUGAGUAAUGUUGUAUCUAUUCUCAAGUUAGUUGGAUUAAUCUUUAUUGUAUUGGAGAAUAUUUUCUCCAACUAUUCUGGAGCUGUUGCUGAAAAACAUGUUGGUUGCAUAGAGAAGGAGAGACAUGCUCUCCUUGAGUUGAAGGCAAGCCUUGUCGUCGAAGAUACUUACCUUUUGCCUACCUGGGAUAGUAAGAGUGAUUGUUGUUGUGCAUGGGAAGGAAUCACAUGUAGCAAUCAAACUGGCCAUGUUGAAAUGCUUGAUCUAAAUGGCGAUCAGUUUGGUCCUUUUCGAGGUGAGAUUAACAUAUCAUUGAUUGAUUUGCAGCAUUUAAAGUAUUUGAACCUCUCUUGGAAUCUGUUAACAAACAGUGAUAUUCCAGAAUUAUUUGGUUCUCUAAGCAACUUGAGAUUCCUUGACCUCAAAGCUUCAUACUCUGGCGGAAGAAUUCCAAAUGAUCUUGCUCAUCUGUCGCACUUGCAAUAUCUUGAUCUUUCAAGGAAUGGCCUCGAGGGUACAAUCCGUCCUCAACUCGGAAAUCUCUCUCAUUUGCAGCAUCUUGAUCUUAGUUCAAAUUAUGGCCUUGUUGGAAAAAUUCCUUAUCAGCUUGGAAAUCUUUCACAUUUGCAGUACCUUGAUCUUAGUUCAAAUGUUCUUGUUGGAACGAUUCCUCAUCAACUUGGAAGCCUUUCAGAUUUACAGGAGCUUCACAUUGAAGACAACAUGGAAGGACUCAAAGUUCAUGACGAGAAUAAUCAUGUUGGAGGUGAGUGGCUUUCUAAUCUCACUCUCUUAACUCACCUUGACUUGAGUGGGGUACGAAAUCUUGAUUCUACUCUUGUUUGGCUGCAAAUGAUUGCUAAGCUUCCAAAAAUAGAAGAAUUGAAGCUAUCUGGAUGUUAUCUUUAUGAUAUUUCUUUGUCCAGUUCCUUGAAUUUUUCUAAAUCUCUUGCAAUCCUUGAUCUUUCAUUGAAUGAAUUCUCUCCGUUCAAAAUAUUUGAAUGGGUAUUUAAUGCUACCAUGAACCUAAUCGAGCUUGAUCUUAGCAAUAACUUCUUCAAAGGCACCAUUCCAUUUGAUUUUGGAAACAUAAGAAAUCCUCUUGAACGACUUGACGUGUCUGGUAAUGAACUACUAGGUGGAAUUCCAGAAUCCUUUGGAGACAUAUGUACCUUACACACCUUGCAUCUUGAUUAUAACAAUUUGAAUGAAGACAUUUCAUCAAUUCUUCUCAAAUUGUUUGGUUGUGCAAGUUACUCACUACAAGACUUGUCGUUAGAAGGAAACCAAAUUACUGGCACAUUUCCAGACCUUUCAAUAUUCCCUUCUUUAAUAGAAAUCGACCUUUCACAUAAUAUGUUAAGUGGGAAGGUUCUAGAUGGUGAUAUAUUUCUUCCAUCUAAAUUGGAGUCUUUGAAAUUUGGAUCCAACUCGUUAAAAGGUGGAAUUCCAAAAUCAUUUGGUAACCUAUGUUCAUUAAGGUUACUAGACCUGUCAAGUAACAAGCUCAGCGAAGGUCUUUCAGUCAUACUUCAUAAUUUAUCUGUGGGAUGUGCAAAACACUCUCUCAAAGAAUUAGAUUUGUCUAAAAACCAAAUUACCGGCACGGUACCUGACAUAUCAGGGUUCUCAUCUUUAGUGACUUUGCACUUGGAUGCCAAUAAUUUGGAAGGUGUGAUCACUGAGUUUCAUUUUAAAAACAUUUCCAUGUUAAAGUAUUUAAACUUGGGUUCCAAUUCAUUGGCUCUGAUAUUCAGUGAAAAGUGGGUGCCACCUUUUCAAUUAUUUUAUAUAUACUUGAGCUCCUGUAAUUUAGGACCUAGUUUUCCUAAAUGGUUGCAGAGUCAAAAACAACUUCAAGCAUUGGACAUUUCUAAUGCUGGAAUUUCAGAUGUAGUUCCAAUAUGGUUUUGGACUCAAGCAACAAAUAUAAGUUUUAUGAAUAUUUCAUACAAUAAUCUCACUGGCACAAUUCCAAAUUUACCCAUAAGAUUUCUUCAAGGAUGUGAAUUAAUUCUUGAAUCAAAUCAAUUUGAAGGUUCAAUUCCACAAUUUUUUCAACGUGCAUCAUUGCUACGGUUGUAUAAGAACAAAUUUUCCGAAACUCGUUUGUUGUUAUGUACCAAGACUAUGCUUGAUAGAUUGCAACUAUUGGAUGUAUCAAAGAAUCAAUUAUCAAGGAAGCUUCCUGACUGUUGGAGUCAUUUGAAAGCAUUGGAAUUUUUAGAUUUGAGUGACAAUACUUUGUCUGGUGAACUGCCAUGUUCAAUGGGAUCAUUACUUGAACUUCGGGUAUUGAUAUUGCGGAACAACAGGUUCAGUGGGAAGUUGCCUCUCUCCUUGAAAAAUUGCACAGAAAUGAUCAUGCUAGAUCUAGGAGAUAAUAGAUUUUCUGGACCAAUACCAUAUUGGCUAGGAAGACAAUUACAAAUGCUAAGCUUACGAAGGAACCGAUUCUCUGGAAGCCUUCCGCUGAGUCUUUGUGACUUAACAUACAUUCAGUUGUUGGAUCUCUCCGAAAACAAUCUUUCAGGACGAAUUUUCAAAUGCUUGAAGAAUUUUUCAGCAAUGUCUCAAAAUGUUUCGUUUACUAGAAACGAACGGACUUAUUUAAUUUACCCAGACGGAUAUGGAAGCUACUUUGUAUAUGAAGGCUACGAUUUGAUUGCAUUGUUGAUGUGGAAAGGGACAGAACGGCUAUUCAAGAAUAAUAAGCUCAUUUUGAGGAGUAUUGAUCUAUCAAGCAAUCAAUUGAUAGGAGACAUUCCAGAAGAAAUAGAAAACUUGAUAGAGUUGGUGUCAUUGAAUUUAUCAUGCAACAAGUUGACAGGAGAAAUUCCUUCGAAGAUUGGAAGGUUAAUAUCACUUGAUUCUCUUGACUUGUCAAGAAACCAUUUCUCUGGUCCAAUUCCUCCUACUCUAGCUCAAAUUGAUCGCCUGUCCGUGUUGAAUCUAUCUGAUAACAAUCUCUCUGGAAGAAUUCCAAUUGGCACGCAGUUACAGAGUUUCGAUGCUUCAAGUUAUCAAGGCAAUGUUGAUCUUUGUGGGAAACCACUCGAAAAAAUAUGUCCAGGAGAUGAAGAAGUUGCACAUCAUAAACCAGAAACACAUGAAGAAAGAAGUCAAGAAGAUAAAAAACCAAUUUAUUUGUGUGUGACAUUGGGAUUUAUGACUGGAUUUUGGGGCCUAUGGGGAUCAUUGUUUCUUAGCCGAAAUUGGAGACAUGCAUAUGUCUUGUUUUUGAACUACAUAAUUGACACAGUGUAUGUGUUUAUGGUGCUGAAUGCAAUUGAAUUUCAAAUGUGGCUGAGAGGAUUGCUGGAAAAGUUUGUUUAAGCAUCUCAGACAAUCUGCAACUUUGUUGAAGAAAGGUGCAAGAAUUAGUUGUAACUCUGAUCAGAGAGUAAAAAGGAGUUCAAAGUAGGACACUGAUCAGAGAGUAAGGGUACAUGUCAUGUUCUGAAUUUGGUGCUUUCCUUCUCACCUUUUUAAUUUUUUACUUAACCUUUCUGAGCUCAUUAGGGUCCAUAUUAUAUGUGUAAGUCUGUGUGACUUGCUGAUAGACAUAAAUUGACAAAAAAAAAAAAAAAGCAUUCAGGAUGAACGUUUCUUAUAAAGGAUACAAAAUUAUCACAAACUAGAUGUAAGUCCGCACGUUGUGCUGAUAUCUUGAAUAUUUGCUUUUUAUAAGAGAAUAUCUUGAACAAUUAGUUUGCGAAUAGUUUACAAAAAAAAAAUAUAACGACUAAUUACACAUGGACCGUAGUUGUUCAUAAUUACCUAUAAAAUUGAAUAAAAGGAUAAAAAACAUAGGUUCACAUUGAUUAAAAAAUAUG